AUGCCAUUCAACGAAAAGAUGCAUCCCAGAAAUCCAUACAAGGAUAAGCCACCGGAUUUUAGUUUGCUUGCUGAUAAAUUCGUUGAGUUUCGAUCACACUGCUAUAUUGGUUCGAAUGGAAAGCUCAAAAUGAAUUUCCGCGACACGAAUGCUGUACGGAUUUUAGCUCGAACUCUGCUACUUAGUGAUUUUGGACUAGAUGUUGAUAUACCUACUGAUUGUCUCGCACCACGUAUACCACAACGCCUUAAUUAUAUUCUUGUCAUUGAUGAUUUAUUGAAAACAAAUGGCAUUGCCGAGGAUGUUGUCGGCAUUGAUAUUGGGACGGGUGCAUCGUGUGUAUAUGCAUUAUUGGGUGCGAAACAGUUUGGCUGGAGAUUUCUGGCAACCGAUGCAGAUCCUUUCGCGGUUGAGAUUGCAAAUCGAAAUGUGCAGAAAAAUGGCAUGAGCGAGCGAAUUGAAGUUGUGCGAGUACCAGCGGGCUGUAUGAUUAAGGAUGUUAUUCGUUCUCAUCCAGAAGUCGAAUUCACAUUCUGCAUGUGCAAUCCUCCGUUUUAUGAAUAUGAUGAGUUUGAAGAGAAGUUCAGAUACUUGGGAAAUAAUGUGUUGAUAAAUGUCGGUAGUGAAUCGAAUUGCACCGAUCGUCCUGCACCUCACUCAGCUACUGUUGCUCGAAGUAACGAAUUAGCCGUUACGGGUGGCGAAGUUGCAUUUGUUUCUCGUCUAAUUGAAGAUAGCUUCGUUUUGCAAAACACCGUGAAGUUGUAUACAUCAAUGGUUGGUAAGAAAUCAAGUCUUGUUGAGCUACGAAAGAAAUUAGGACGUUGUUUGAAUGUUCGUUCAACAGUGACUACAUUAUAUCAAGGGAAAACGCAUCGCUGGGUGCUUGCUUGGACUUUCGAAGCCCGAAUAAAACUGGAUAAAUUAGCGAAAUGUUCACCACCAUUGGAGCUUUAUUUGCCACAAGUUUUAGAAGGCAAAGAAAGUUCAUUUGCUUGGAUAAGAAAAAUACUUGGUUUGCUGGAGGUAUCUUGUGAAAAACAAGAUAGCAAUAGCUUUUUAUGUGAAGCUGUCAAGAAUACUUGGUCACAGCAACGGCAAAAACGCCGUGCAGAAAAAAUGUCGGGUGUUUGUCCAUCUUUGAAUAAACGAUAUUGUCCCGGUCGAAUUGAUGUUGGUUGCACAGUUAAUUUGGGUAACGGUGAUGGCAGAGACAGUUAUUGCAAUGCUGGAAAUUUCAUAGAUUGCAUAGUAUUUAACGGAUGUGGAAAAAAUAAAAAUACACGUGAUGUAUCCAUACAAACUUACAUGCCACUGGAUAAUAAAUUUCAACCAUUAAUUCGUUUUCGCUUAGUGAUAUAUCCUUCCGAACAUUGCUUGAAAUUAUACUGGUUGGAGGGAUCGCGUCACUGUUUGCAUCAAAUAUGGCAAUUUUGCAGAAAUCAGCUUGCCAAACUAGAAAAUUCAAUCCAGCCUUCUUCGUCCUAA